AACAGAACAACAUGAAAUUUCUUGUAAUUUUCGCCUUGGCUCUUGCCGUUUGUCAUUCAGCCCCCAUUGAUGACGAAGCUGCUGUUAAAGCCAAACGUGGUCUCCAUUUCGGCGUUGGCUAUCAUGCUCCAAUCAUUUCACAUUCCUAUGUGGCUCCAGCCGUGGUUCAUCAUGCUCCUCUUAUCUCGCAUGCCCCCAUUAUUGCCCAUGCCCCCAUUGUGGCCCAUGCUCCUUUGCUGACCUCACAUCACAUUUUGCCCUCGUAUCAUUCCUAUCAUCACUUCAAAUAAAUGGAACACACACAAAGACCAAGAUGAUGAGGAUGUGGAUGGUGUCGCUGCCUAUGCGCCAAUGGAAAAAGAAGAGAGAAUGAAUUGAGCUAAAAGUAAACAAUGUGACAUCUAUAAUGAAAAGCAAAAGCAAUUGUUUGCCUUUGAAUUUUUUUUUUUCCAAAAAGUUUAAACGAAAUGAAAUAGGUCAUGGUCUUAACAUUUUUUUUAUAAUC